GGUGGGCGGGUCACCGAGGAGCCCGAGGAAGAGGGCGGCGGCGUUCGUGGGCGCUGUUGCGGAGCCCGGUGACAGGAUGUUGGUAUUGGUAUUAGGAGAUCUGCACAUCCCACACCGGUGUAACAGUUUGCCGGCUAAAUUCAAAAAACUCCUGGUGCCAGGAAAGAUUCAACACAUUCUCUGCACUGGAAACCUUUGCACCAAAGAGAGUUAUGACUAUCUCAAGACUUUGGCUGGUGAUGUUCACAUUGUGAGAGGAGACUUCGAUGAGAAUCUGAAUUAUCCAGAACAGAAAGUUGUGACUGUGGGACAGUUCAAAAUUGGUUUGAUCCAUGGACAUCAAGUUAUUCCGUGGGGAGAUAUGGCCAGUUUAGCCCUUUUGCAGAGGCAGUUUGAUGUGGACAUUCUUAUCUCAGGACACACACACAAAUUUGAAGCAUUUGAGCAUGAAAAUAAAUUCUACAUCAACCCAGGUUCUGCCACUGGGGCAUAUAAUGCCUUGGAAACAAAUAUUAUUCCAUCCUUCGUGUUGAUGGACAUCCAAGCUUCCACAGUGGUCACUUAUGUCUAUCAGCUAAUUGGAGAUGAUGUGAAAGUAGAACGAAUUGAAUACAAAAAAUCUUAAAGCCAGGCCUAUCUUGAUAAUUUUUUUUUCAUUCCCUGUUCAAAUUAAACAAACACUUAAGAGCCAAACAAUUAUACCACUUUUAUAAUAUUUUGCAGUAAAAUGUCUUCUCUGUUAAUACAUAAUUGCUCCAGGCUUCUUGUAAACUAUAAUAAUAUUUAGUCUGCACUACAUGGGUUCUAUGGAGAAAAGUCCACCAAGUAAAUGGUCACAUGGUAAGAAAAAUUUAUCUGUAAAUAUCUUCAAAGUUGGUAUUUGGACUUUAUUACAAACCUAGUGCAUGAAGAGAAGUAAUCUAGAUUUCCUGUAUGCAUUUUUCUCUUCUCUAGUAAUAAAUGUUUACCUUUCAUUUAUA